AGAACCAGCUUCGAGGAUUAAUAAAAUAAAUAGGUAAAUUAAUAAUAGACAAGUUAGGCUUAGAGGUUAAUAUAAAUAUUUUUAGAGCUACAAUUAUUCUUUUUGGCAGUGCUAGUGCAAACUAUUAGCAACAACUAAACUAAUCUAAUUAAUAAUAAAAGCUAGACUUUUAUACCAUAAAUUGGGUUCGCAUUUGGACCUAAUUUUUUGGGAUAGUUUUUUGGAUAACUUUAGCAGGUUUUUGGUCGGGCUUAUCGCUGUGCCUAACCAUUGACUGUUAAAGGUAUAAUUUUGGACUCUAUACCGGUUGUUAGUUGCUAAAAAGAAAAUAAAACGAAUUUUAUACCAUAAAUUGGGUUUGCUUUUGGACCUAAUUUUUUGGGAUAGCUUUUUGGAUAACUUUAGCAGGUUUUUUGGUCGGGCUAAUUACUGUGCCUAACCAUUAACUGUUAAAGGUAUAUUUUUGGACUUAUACCGGUUUUAUAAUUUUAGUUGCUAAAAAUAAAAGAAUUGUUAUAAAAUAAAUUGGGUCUGCAUUUGGACCUAAUUUUUUGGGAUAGCUUUUUUGGAUAACUUUAGCAGGUUUUUGGUCGGGCUUAUCGCUGUGCCUAACCAUUGACUGUUAAAGGAAUAUUUUUGGACUUUUACCGGUUUUUAUAAUUCUAGUCGCUAAAAAAUAAAAGAAUUUAUUGGGGCCACUUUGGGAUAAAUUUAAGUAGGUUCUUGGUCGGGCUUAUUAUUGUGCCUAACCAUAAAUUGAUUGGGGUAUACUUUUGGACUCUUUUUUUGUAAUUUAGUUGCCAAAAGAAAAUAAAAGAAAGAAUUUAAUAAGAUAGAUUGGGUUAGAUUGAGACCUAGUUUUAGAAUAGCUUUGGGAUAAUUUCAACGGGGGUUUGGUUGGGCUCAGUAUUGGGCCUAACUGAACCUUGCUAGGAUAACACCAAUUAGGGUAAACACAACAUGGACGGGGAAGAGAAAAUCCCUAUCAAUGUGUGCUCCUUUGAGGAGUUCAGGUCGCUAGGGCUAAGUUCAGCCCUAGCUGGGAUAAUUCAGGGGAUUCGAAUGGAUCAGGGGGAGAUAACCCCUGAGCUAUUUGAGAGCAGCCCAGCGCUAUGCAGCAAUAGGGAGCUAGCACGAAGAGUAGAUUUUUGGGAGGGCACCCAAGGGGUAGAGGGCAGUAUUUUUAUUACCCCUAGGGGACGCCUCACUGCGAGCACCCCGCAUAGCGAGUCUGACCAAAAUGGGGUGGCAGGUUCCGGGGGUGUUUACUCCUAUGACCAACAUCAGCCCCCUAGGUCAAGUCAAAGUAACCAGUCUAGUGGGUCCUGGGGCGCCAGCUCAUCUCACUUCCGGGAGGAGCGGGGGCCCGAGCCCCCAAGCACCCGAGAGGCAAGUAUGAGAGUUGGUGUAGAGCCGAGGGUCAGACCCAGGCACCUAAUAGGCGAAGAGGCUAAUGGGGCCUAUGCGAAUAGAGGCAUGCAGGUAAGUGGUGAUUCAAGCGAAUGGUCCGGAGGUGAUGACCUCCCCGCUAGGCAUCCCUCCCAAGGGGGGAGGCAAGGGGCAAGUAUAAAGACCAGGGUAGGAGACGGGAGGGGCUCCUCAGCCCCACCCCCUACCCCAGAUUACAGCGCAAGGAAUGUGCGGGCGGGUAUGACACGCCCAGCCCAGUACAGUUCAUCUUCGCCGCUUAGUAGCCCGGCUGCGUCACCUGCGAAUUCUAGUGGUUCCUCAGGAAGGGGGACUGGUGGUGGAUUACCAUAUUACACGCUGCCAAAGUCCCUCACUUUCAACGGCAAGGGUAACUGGAGGGCUUUCUUCAGAAAGUUCUCCGCCUUUGCUGAUCACCAUAAUUGGACUGCAAUGGAGCGCGUAAGCCAGCUAUACUGGGGCCUGAAAGGGAAGGCUGAAGAUUAUUUGCUAAUGGUCUUGGACCAAGAGCCAAAUAUGCCAUAUGCAGGUCUAGUGGCCCGGCUGCAGCACAGGUUCGGGGAGGAAGGGCUCUCUGAAUCUGCUCAGCUGGAGUUUGUGGCAGCCAAGCAGGGACCCACUGAAUCCCUGCCAGACUGGGCAGACCGGGUGCUCCAGCUAGCAGCGCGUGCUUUUCCAGGGGUCAAUGGGUCCUACCCGAAUAGACAGGCGGUCCUUCGCCUGUGCCAGGGCGCCCUCAACCGAGAGGCGGGGUGCCACGCGCUUACGCGGAAUCCAUCUACCGUGAAUGAGGCGCUUAAGUAUAUUGAGUGGCACCAACACGUGCACCGCGCAAUGUACGGGCGUCCCAAGGCAGUGUCUAAGGCUAAUGAAGGGGAGGUCCGUAAGGUGGAACUACCCCAAGGGAACAAUGCAGCCCUUGAGCAAAGGUUGGUGAACCUAGAACGCAAGACCGAUGAACGCUUGGGCCACAUCGAGCGGGAUCUGCAGCGUCUGGGUGGUUUGGAACGGGACCUCAAGAAGGUCCUGGAGGCUAUCCAGACUAGGCCCCAACCAGCGCGUGAACGCGGGAGGUCACCCGGUCGGGACCGGUGCUACGAGUGCGGCGGGAUUGGCCACUACAGGAACAAUUGUCCUUCGGUCCAGGAAAACAGGGCCAAGGUACAAGUUUCCUUUGUAGGGGACCAGGAGGAGGAAAACUCCAGCGGGUCGGAGGAGCUGGCCAGCCCCCGGCCCCCACCGCCAGAGGCCAAAUAGAGGGUUCCAAGCUAGCAAGCAGCUCAGAGGGGCCAUCCGUAGGCUCAUCUGAAGGAAUAGCAGAGGGCGUGUCGGAGCGCCUGAUAGUCCCAGGGAAUAAUGUAACCCGAAUAGCUACUUAUGUAGAGGCUGCGGCGGGGGAUCCAGUAGGUCCCUCGAACACCCGAAUAUCAGACCUGGGUGAAGCCAUUCUGGAAUCAGUUCCAGAUGCUCUCCCAGGGCUUGGGUGUGCAAGCGAGAUUGAAGAGGUAGUGGUGUGUAGGUUAGAGUCGCGCUCUACUCUCAAGGUCUCAGUUGUUAUAGGGGGGCAGCCAGUAAGCGCAGUUGUCGAUACCGCAGCCGAGGUAUCCAUCAUCUCGGAUAGGCUCCUGCAGUCACUGGACCCCCAGCCCCCUAAGUUGAGAGAAGUGAUCCUACAUGCAGCGGGACGGGAUAUGAAGAUGAGGGGGACAAUUGUCGGUCCCCUUUCCAUAGAGCUUGGGAACCAGACGUUCUCGGAGGAAGUAUAUGUAGCCCCUAUAGCUGAUCAUAUGCUCCUGGGAUUAGAUUUCCUCAGCAAACGCAAGGCUGCGAUUCAUCUCCAAGAUCCGCAUAUGCAGUUGGGAGGUCAGAGAAUUCCGCUUUGGUAUAGUGAUGACCCUGGGCGGCAGAUCGCCCGGGUUCAUUUGCACAAGCGAGUAAUUGUUCCUCCGAAUGCAGUUAAGCGGAUCACCGGCAUUAUAGACCAACGUUUAGGGGAUUUCAUGUUUAACCCUUAGGAUGGCUUACGGCUCCUAGUUCCCGGUUUGGUUUACAGGGCUGGGAAAACAGAACCCAUCUGAUAGGCACCUUAAGGUAACCUGCUCUGAGGUGCUGGGGGAAACU